AUGUUGCAUUCGCCGGUCUUAACAGGUCUGUCUGGCUUGUGUCGAGUCACCGAACAUCUUUUUGUGAGUAACAGCAGAGCGGCAAAUUGCGCUUCUCUCGUGAGCGGGAAUAACAUAACAUGCAUCAUUAACGUCAGUGAAACUAAAAGCAACAGUCCUGUUGUUCACGGUGUGGAGUACAUUCAUAUUGCACUGUCUGACUCGCCGUCCACCCCUCUAGUGAAUCACUUUGACGAGGUGGCAGAUAAAAUACUGCACGAAGCACGGAAAGGUGGUCGCACACUGGUGCACUGCAACGCGGGCGUCAGCCGCUCAACUACACUCUGCAUGGCGUUUCUAAUCAAGCACCAAGGUGCUACUCUGAUGGAGGCCUACACUACCGUCAAAAACUGUCGGCCCAUGGUGAGGCCAAAUAAUGGCUUCUGGAAGCAACUAAUCCAAUAUGAGGCAGAGCAUCGUGGGUGCACAUCUGUCCGGAUGGUGUCCUCGUCCAUGGGGGAGAUACCUGAUUUUUAUGAAAAUGAGGCUAAAAAUAUGAUGCCGCUCUAA